AUCACUUGGCACAGUUCCAUCUUGGCAUAUUCCAUAUUCGUCCCAAAGUUCUCAAUGUCAACCACCGAUUACAGCACAUCAUGGGCACUUAGGCGUGCCGGAACGCAAUGGUCUUAAUUCACUAAUAUGCAUAUCCGCAUCCCAACACUCUUCCGGAUCUGGUACAGCACUACGUACACGGUUCUCUUUAUCAUACUUCUCCUCUUCCUCGCUCUAACCCCCGGAGACACCAUCUACCAGUCGAUUCGGACGAGAGAGAUUCAGAAACUCUUCAUAGUCGGUGGCGUAUACUUCAUCACCUUCGCCAUAUCGGCGCUGAUUUAUUCGACGCGCCUAUAUACCAAUCGAGUCGUCCUUCAAUCGAUUCCAAAGCCGUACAUACCUGUCGAAGAUGGCGAGGUUGGCAAGCCGGUACGGCGCAUGAUUGUGAAUGCCCUCAGAAGGAGCGCGAUCAUUGCAUGGGAGUCAAGACCCCGGGAUCUGGGAGAAGAAGUUCGUUGCGAGGAGGAGCCAGGAUCAAGGCCUCGAAUGGCAGAGCGAGAAGGCUUCACUCUCAGGCGGCGCGGCCGAGCUUGUACCACGGUUAUCCCACUAUCAGCGGCAUCGCCGCCAUGGGGUCAUAUAUCGCAUCCCGGAUGGGCUUCCCCUUCGUCCUUGGAUUUCGCAAAUCUCCAGUAUUGGAAAGUCAUCCCCGAGCUUCCCAAUCUCUUUGAAGCAAAGGCAGUCUCUCUUGCGCCACCAGAUCCUGCCGUCGAAGAUCAAUUGCGUAUCUUGACAGGGACACCAAUGCUUCCAGAUUCUCAAGUUGUAGCUGCACUACAGCGACCACGUACGAUGGGCCUCAGAGAUUACUUGUCUCGACUGUCCUCAUGCGGUCUGAUUCAACCCCCAAGCUUAGGACCUAUCUUUCUGUCACAGUAUGAACAUGCGCGAUUCUCUGGUCAGGACCUCACUGAGAAUGAGUUUCGAGAAUUGAUGGCGACUUUUGCUGCAAUACUCGAUGGCAUGACAGAAUUGGACCCUGAUAUUAUUGAAGCCAUUCGCCAGGAAGCAGAGAGCUCGGAUUCCCAAACUCUCAGUUCUUCGGAGACUUCAAGUAUCUCGACCACGUCGGGCCUGCCAUACCGUACGCCGCGUCUGCACUCUUACACAGAUUAUACCCCUUCGAGUCAUCAUUCAUCCCGAACUAGCAGUCCCGCCAGUCCGAACACAGUACGCACUGCACCGUCAAUGGCUAGGAAAUCUAGUCCCGACCUCUAUACCCUUCCACCGACUCCCUCAGAGAGGGGUAGGUCCGGUUCCGUCAGACAACGGCGUGUUGCCAGGAGCCCUUCAACGAUUUUACCCAAUUCUUCUUCUUCGUCAUCUUUGAGCUCGCAAUCGGCCCAAUCAGUUAUUCGCACAACUCCUCCCGGGGGCCAUUAAAAAGUUCCAUGAAGAGUUGUCGAUAAUGGCGUUAGCUGAUUUUUGCCUCUUGUAUUUCCAUUACGGAAACUGCCUCAUUUGCUAUGAUACCCCUUGACACGCUUUAUAGUCGACAUUCCGCUACUAUGAAUAUUCUAAUCAACUGAUUAC